UUAGGGUUUUAUGAUUUUGGGGAAGGCAAUGUUUUUAGCUCAAGUUUCUGAACAUUAAAUAGCCGCUUUUUCUCCGAGAAAGAAGAAGAUUUUAACGCCACUCUUCUUCAACUUCAAUCUCCGCAAUCGGAAACAAUUCCUCGGCAACGGCUCAGAGUUAGCUGGAAAUGGCAGCGCUUACUCCUCCGGCCCCCGCCGUUCUAGCGGCCGCCGCUUCGAGUUCAGAUGUGGAGCAGCCUAAAGUUGACUACCUAAAUCUGCCUUGCCCCAUUCCCUACGAAGAAAUUCACCGGGAGGCACUCAUGUCAUUGAAGCCAGAACUCUUUGAAGGAUUGCGUUUUGAUUUUACAAAAGGACUCAACCAAAGUUUUUCACUCAGCCACAGUGUGAUGAUGGGACCUACUGAGAUUCCUGCUCAAUCUGCCGAGACAAUUAAAAUCCCCACUGCUAAUUAUGAGUUUGGGGCCAACUUUAUAGAUCCAAAGUUGAUGCUUUUUGGGAGGGUGAUGACAGAUGGUAGACUAAAUGCAAGACUAAAAUGCGAUCUGGCUGAUAAUCUUACCUUGAAGGGCAAUGCCCAGCUCACCAACGAGCCUCAUAUGUCUCAUGGCAUGUUCAAUUUUGAUUAUAAGGGUUCAGAUUAUAGGACUCAGUUUCAAGUAGGAAAUGGGGCCUUACUUGGUGCAAGUUACAUCCAGAGUGUGACUCGUAAUUUAUCUUUAGGUGGCGAGGUAUUCUGGGCUGGACAACAUCGGAAGUCUGGCAUUGGCUAUGCAGCACGUUAUAACACUGACAAGAUGGUAGCAACUGGACAAGUUGCCAGCACUGGGAUGGUAGCCCUUAGCUAUGUCCAGAAAGUAUCUGACAAGGUUUCUCUGGCAACUGACUUCAUGUAUAACUAUAUGUCUGGGGAUGUAACAUCCAGCGUUGGUUAUGAUUACAUUCUUCGGCAGUGCCGCCUGCGAGGAAAGAUCGACUCCAAUGGCUCAGUGUCUGCUUUCCUUGAGGAGAGGCUCAAUAUGGGUCUUAAUUUUCUUCUUUCUGCUGAGAUAGAUCACCGAAAAAAAGAUUACAAGUUUGGGUUUGGCUUGACAGUAGGAGAAUAGGACAUGGACCAUAUUUGGUAUCGGGUCUUAAAUUAUGCGGAUAAUUACAAGGUGAGAGCAGGAGUUGGGUAAUCCCUUUCCUCUUAAACUGGAAUCAGUUUUGUAUGCUCAGAUGACCUUAAUUCGUUAGCAAGGAGAUCUGCUGCUGCGCAUUUGCUAGUAGAUGUUUUUUUCCAGGUUGGCGAUAUUCUUUUAAUUCGAGACAACUUUGCUCUAUAGCUAUAAUAAAUGAGAAGAUGUUCUUUCAA